UGAUUUGGGAUUCGGCCUCGCGUCUACUGUAUUCCGGAAGCGGUAUGGUGGCGCGCCUAGAGAAGGAGCUAAUGGACAUUCAAGGGAAAAAAAUGUUUUGACUUUAUAUUGAAAUCCGCACGAAUGUUUUCAAGUAAACAAAAAUCAUGAAUGAAGGCACUCGGGAGUCCGAGACAUGCUGCCAUUGAGCUGAAGAAGCACUUACAGCGUCAAAAUGUCGUUUUUCAGGCGGAAAGCUAAAGGAAAGGAACCAGAGAAAGCGGUAGAUCCGAAAACCAACAGAGGCUCUACAGUUUCACUAAACUCCCCCGCAAGGAAUCACCAUGCCAUCCUUGAGGCGGCCGGCCCGAGCCACGUGGCCAUCAGCGCCAUCUCAGCGAACAUGGACUCGUUCGCACGCGGCCGCACAGCCAUCCUCAAAAAGCAGCCCAGCCACAUGGAGGCAGCUCACUUCGGAGACCUGGGUUGCUCCAGCGUGAACUACCAGACGCAGGAAACACGUUCUCGCCUUUCGAAGACCGUUGAGCAGGUGCUCCGUGACGCCGUGGCUCGGCCCUACUAUCUGCACUUCAUGGUGACACGGUCAGCCGAGCACUUGGCGCGCUUUUGGCUGGAGGCCGAGAGUUUCCGGUCCAGCAGCUGGUCCCGCGUGCGUGCGCAUAGCCUGAACACAGUAAAGCACAGCUCGCUGGCCGAGACCGCCUUCGCUCUGGGCUUCUCAACGUCUCCAGAUUCGCCACCGACUCUCAACGCUUCACCUGGUGUUUAUGAAGGGGAAUAUGAGGACACUUUUACUUCUAGCCCCCAGGACACUAAUUCGCAUUGUGUAGCCGGAUACCGAGACGUCAUUAAUUAUGACGAAGGGGGGUUGAGGUUGAGUCGACGCCCCUCUACUUCCUCGUCCUCCUCCAGGACGGGAACUCCGGUCAAAGGCCAGGCUGAGAAUGCACUCCGUGAGCUGUCUGACAAGCUAAUGAAGAGUAUAGAGCGUGACGCAGUCAACAUUUUUACCAAGUACAUUUCUCCAGAUGCUUCCAGACCCAUCCCAAUCACCGAGCAGAUACGAAACGACAUCGUUGCUAAAAUCUGUGGGGAGGAUGGUCAGGUGGACCCAAACUGCUUUGUUAUUGCUCAGGCAGUGGUGUUCACCAUCAUGGAGCAGCAGCACUUUAGCGAGUUCUUGCGGAGCCACUACUUUUGCAAGUACCAGAUUGAGGUGCUGACCAGCGGUUCUGUGUUCUUGGCAGACAUCCUGUUCUGCGAGUCUGCCCUGUUCUAUUUCUCCGAGUACAUGGAGAAGGAGGAGGCAGUGAACAUCUUGCAGUUCUGGCUGGCUGCGGAUAACUUCCAGGUUCAGCUGGCUGCUAAAAAAGGACAAUACGAUGGACAGGAGGCUCAGAAUGACGCCAUGAUCCUUUAUGACAAGUAUUUUUCACUCCAAGCUACAAAUCCAUUGGGUUUCGGCGACUCUGUUCGGAUGGAGAUCGAGUCGAAUAUCUGUCGAGAAGGCGGCCCUCUGCCCGACUGCUUCACCAUUCCACUACGCCAAGCCUGGACCACCAUGGAGAAGGUCUACUUGCCAGGCUUCCUUUCCAGUGACCUGUACUACAAAUACUUGAGCGACCUCAUCAAUUCCGUUCGGGCGGAUGAGUUUGUCAUAGGCAACUCUGCAGGGUCCGGUCCCGGCACGCCCAUGGACAGCGAACGCGGCUCGGCCACCUUAGAGGUGUCGCUGGCCCAGCAGGGCUCCAAAAAAAUGGCUGUAAAAAUCCUGAAGAACUUUGAUGAAGCGAUAACCGUAGACAUUGGCAGUCUGGACCCCGAGUCUCUGUAUCAGAGACCAUACGCUGGAAGAAUGACCUUUGGCAAAGUCAACGAGCUGGGCCAGUUUAUCCGGGAAGCCGAGCCCGAACCGGACGUCAAGAAAUCCAAGGGUUCAAUGUUUUCCCAAGCAAUGAAGAAAUGGGUGCAAGGAAACACAGAUGAGGCUCAGGAGGAAAUGGCCUGGAAGAUUGCUAAGAUGAUAGUCAAUGAUGUCAUGCAGCAGGGACAGCAGGAGAGCCCACUAACAACAUCCAGCCAGCUAUGACUUUGCGUGCUGAUGAAGAGGAGAAGACUAGCUCUGCUCUCAGCCUCGCAGCUGCUGCAGCCAGAGUCCAAAAAAAAAAAAAAAAGAAUCCGGAGACUAAACUGCACAGGGCAUUUCCCCAGCGGCGAGUUAUGUAAUAAUGAAGCUAAAACAAAGUGUUCCUGCAGUUCCACAACCUCCUUUGUGUGAAGUCUGUGUGUGUGCGCGCAUGUGUGUGUGAGUGAGAGUGUGACAGGAGGAUGUACAUAUCUAUGAACAUAUGUAUGUACACUUGGGGCCAUGUGACCAACAUUUCAACCAUUUAUGAAGGCGUUAUUUUUAAACCUAAGAAGAGGAGCCCCCACCCCCCCCAAAAAAAGCAAGCAUGAAUGGAAGCAGAUGCACAAAAGAAGAGGACUUCAGAACAAAGCCCCGAAUCCACUGCGUCGUCCCGUUUUCAUGCCCAAACGCUUAAGAACUUAAACAAAGUCACUAUAAAGCUUGUGUUCCUCCGAUCCUUGUUUCUUCUCUUCUCUUUGAAAUCUCUGUUUUUGUCUUUUCUGUUUCUCUUUCAUUCUGUUUUUAUAUACUGCAAAGAUUUACCCAUCGUGGCAGCGUACAGUUUUAUUUGCAGGCGUGUCGUUAAGUCGGGCUACGACAGCAGGAUUUUAUCAUCAGGUUUCCGCGAAGCUGAAUGGACCCAUACGGUUGUUACAGUUUAAGUUGAUUUAAACUGACAGAAUAAGCUGCAGGUUGAAACCCUCCUUCACCCUUCCCCCUCUCCCUUUUCCACCUUAAUGUCAACUCCAAGACUAGCUCUACUCUGUAGUCUUACUCCAACAUGGACCAGUGCUAGUGCAAUGUUAAACCUCCAUAUCUCCACUGUAUGAUGAUGUAGAUUUCUGGUUUCGAUAAAUGUAACUUCUUUUUUUUUUUUUUUUUUUUUUUUUUUUAUGGUGAGUGUCUUUUUGUUUUGUUUAGUUUUUUUUGUUUGUUUUAAACGAGUUGUCAAACGUGUGUGUCUAUGCGAGUUCCAGCGCUACCUGUUCUUUGGAAACGGCAUACCCUGAACACGUGUCGAUACUGCUCUCGGACCUUGUAGAGACGUGGAGAAGAACCAGAAACAGACGGACUUUUGGUACUAUGUACCAUUAUUAUGUUUUCUCACAUGUACGUGUACUUAAUCUAUAAUAUAUUUAAAAUUGUGUUUGAUUUAAAUACAUAUAUUAUUGAAACGUC